AUGUUCGCAAAAACGUUUAACACCUUAUACCGCCCAAGCGCAACGAAUCGAAUUUUUAAUUCCUCAUUCACCAAAUUAACACAAAAUACUCGAACGAUAGUAUUUCCUAAUUUUAAACUGAAUCGAUGCUUUAGUACGCCGGUGUCUAAAGAGAAACUGAUCGUUUUUGACACGUCCCUACGCGACGGUGAACAGUCACCAGGUGUUACACUUACCUCUGAAGAAAAACUCGAAAUUGCUAGGCACCUUUCGAGUCUCGGGGUUGAUGUAAUUGAAGCAGGCUUCCCGAUAGCUUCACCAGGUGACUUUGAUGCAGUCGCACGUAUCGCAAAGGAAGUUGGCCCCCUUAUGAACGGACGAGAAAAAAUUGGCAAGCCUAUGGUCAUUGCCGGACUUGCGCGCGCAACCGAAAAAGACAUAAAGCGAUGUCACGAAGCUGUAUCACAUGCGCCUCUUCAUCGCAUCCACACGUUCCUCGCUACGUCGGACAUACAUUUAAAACACAAACUUAAGAUUGAUCGAGAAGAAUGCAUAAGACGUGCGGCUUCUGCAGUUGCCUAUGCCAAGUCCCUGUGCGAGGACGUUGAAUUCAGCUCGGAGGAUUCCGGUAGAAGUGACAAAGAUUUUCUGUGCAAAGUCUUGGGUAAAGUGAUUGAAGCCGGAGCCACCACCUUGAACAUUCCGGAUACGGUUGGGUACACAAGUCCGGAAGAGUAUGGAGUUCUAAUCAAGUACUUGAUUGAGAAUACGCCUGGAGGUCACAAGGUUGUUUGGUCAACACAUUGCCAUAAUGAUUUGGGUCUCGCCACGGCCAACACCUUGUCUGGAAUCCUCAAUGGUGCCAGACAAGUUGAGGUGACUAUCAAUGGUAUUGGAGAACGCGCAGGCAAUACCGCGCUUGAAGAGGUCAUCAUGAAUAUUCACACUCAUCCAUCGUCAUACCCAGUCUUUCACACCAUUAAUACCCAACAAAUCUAUCGAACUUCUACUCUGGUUUCCUCCCUUUCUGGAAUGGUGGUACAACCAAAUAAAUCCAUAGUGGGUGCCAACGCAUUCCUUCAUGAAUCGGGUAUCCAUCAAGAUGGUGUGUUGAAACACAGGCAAACAUACGAGAUCAUGAGUCCUGAAGAUGUAGGUGUCUUCAAUGUUAACCUGGUUUUGGGCAAACUCUCGGGGCGUAACGCGUUUCGUUCGCGUAUAACCGAGCUUGGCUACGGAGAUAUGGCUGAAGUCGACUUCAACAAAGCAUUCGAUCGAUUUAAGGAAUUAGCAGAUAGUAAAAAACGUAUCACGGAUCACGACCUCCUUGCCUUAUUGUCAGAUCAGGUUACAACAGAUACUGCACCUGAAUCACAACGAUUCCAAUUACAAUCAAUCCAAGUAGUUUCUGGAACUCAAAUGGCCACAGCAACUGUGAAACUCAUGGACUCAAUGAAGAAUCAAGAAUUGGUAGAUGCGGCCAUCGGUAGAACUGGACCUAUCAUGGCAGUAUUUGGUGCUAUCCAGAGAUUAGUGCAACGCAAAAUAAGACUGCUGAAAUACGAAGUACGUGCUGUAUCUGAGGGGAUGGAUGCCUUAGGAAAGGUCAUCGUGAAAGUGACUGAGGAUGUUGAUUCGUCGGGUUUGGAAGCUGUAGCGAAUUCACACGAACACGCUAUUGCCGGAGUGGUGAAGCCUAAAAUAGAUUCAGAGGGAAACACGAAGUUGACCAAAAACACGUAUCAUGGUCAUGGUACGGAUGUCGAUGUAGUUUUAGCUAGCGCGAAAGCAUAUGUAAAUGCCAUAAAUAGGAUAUUCUCGGAAGAAAUUAGGGCAGCAACGGGAAAACAAAGAAGCUCGUUGGAAGAAAGAAUAGCAAAUGUAUAA